AUGACGAAACGUCCAUUUAAUAUUGAAAAUAAAGAAAAUGAAUCCGAAUCAAAUUCUAUACCGACAAAAAAAGCUAAAACUAUUGAUUCACACAAUGAACCCGAAUUAAAUUCUAUACUAAAAAAUACCGCUAAAAUUAAUGAUUCACAAAACGAACCAGAACAGGAAUUUACAACCGAUGAUGAAGAUCGUGAAAGUUAUAAUGAAAGUGAUUUUAGUCAAGGUGAUGAUGAAAGUGAAGAUAGUGAAAUUAUACGACCAUUGCCAAUUUCAUCACUUAUUGAACGACAUGAUGGUGCAAUUCAUCCAGACAAUAAACAAUAUUAUAUUUAUACAAAUACUGACUUAAUGAUGAUUUCACACACAGCUCGUUUUUGGAGUCGAAAAUAUUUAAAAAUAUUUCCACAUGUCGAUCCAGAUACGUAUGAUAUGUAUAUUCACAAUGAUUUUAUUUGUUAUGGUGAAUUAGAAAUUAUUGAAAAUUGUCUUGUUGAUAUAGCUAAAGGAACAUAUAUGAAACAUAAAGAUCAAAUGAAUAUGACAAAUUAUAUAACUACAUUUCGUCGUGUUGAAGCUUUAACUGUUGUACUUCAACGUUCAACUAAUUUUACAGGUAUUGAUGAUGGUCAACGUUUUCAUGGUAUUAUACGUGUUAUUGGUGCUUGUUAUGUAACAAUUCUUGUUAAUUUAUUACCAAAAUCUAUGUUUGAUAAUACACCUAUAACUGAUGAUCAUAUGAGAAAAUUAAUUAAAUUUUCUCAACAGAUACCAAAUUUUAAGCAAGUUAUUAAACAAGCUUUAAUUCUUGGUCAUAUGCUCUUAUCAAUAGGUUCUAUUGUAAGUGCUUAUACAACUGUACUUCAAACUGUUUAUUGUAAAUGGUCAUUAAUUAUGGAUCAAAUUACAAUUGAUUUAAAUAAAAAACCUGAUGAAGAAGAUGAAGAGAUUUGGCAAGCAUUAAAACAUGCAUCUGGAAUCAGUAAACAUGCUUUUAAAGAGUCUUUUAAUUUCUUAAAAGAAUUAGAUCUUUAUACAAAAGCUUAUCCUGGUUUAGGUGGUCAUUCACAUGAUAUUAGUAAAUGGUCAAAAACUCGACGAAGUACAUUUUUAUCUGAUAGUAUGGACGAUGAACCGGUCGGAAGUUUUUGGUCACGAUUAUAA